AUGGUAGUCGCUCUCCGUCCCGCAAACUUCUACGGCAGCAGCCUCCCUCGCCCUCGCUUCUUUGAUCACACAAAUGACGUAACUGAACGCUUUGAUCCUCCUGUCUCGGUCAUGGAUCCUCUCCUCUCCUGGGCUCAAGAGGCUCACUGGUCCAUGGGCGGUCUCAACACCCAGCGCUUCCGCCUCCAGGGUCGCAUCGAAGGCAACGUCGACAGGCUGCGCAAGUUCCGGGAGAAGCAAGCCAAAUCCCAGACCGGAAAUACCCCAAAGAAGCAGCAGAACGAUGUCCUCCCACUUGCCGCCGGUGAGAAGAAUCACAAAAGGGCAGGCUCUACUUCUCCACCUCCGGCGCCUAGAGUGAUGAAGAAGAGGAAGUUCAUGGAUCUAUUCGGGGAUGAGAGUGAAAGCGAAGAAAAUGAGCAGAUGGGUGCCUCUGAUAAGAGUGAAGGAACCAGGGGUAAGAAAUGGCCGGUGAGGAAAUUGGUUGGGGAGUUUGAGAGGGUAGCCAUGGAAACUGAGGCGAAGAAAAACGAAGGCAAGACGCAGGAAUCAGUGGAAUCUGUUGGAGUGAGGACAAGGAGAAGUGGGUCUGAGAAAGGCAAUGGCAGGGCUGGUGAUUCGGUGAUGAAGAUUGUUGAGGAGUUGAACAAAGAGGGUUCUGCAAGGAAGAAUUCCAAGAAGAGAUUGAGAAAAGUUGGGGAAGAUGGCCAGAAGAUUCCUGCUGAUGCUGGAGGCAAUGGUGGGAGUGUUAGGACUUCGCCAAGGUUUGCAAAGCUAAAAUCAAGCUAG